UUUGUAAUGAUCAAGAAGAUGAUCGAAGAGGGGUUGAUACUUUAUUAACUGAAAGAGCGUUCAGAGAAAUUUAUUUGAAACCUUUUCAAAUUGCUAUUAGAGAUGCUAAUCCCAAAUCUUUCAUGACCUCAUAUAAUAAAAUUAAUGGUGAACAUGUAUCUCAAAGUAAAACAAUUUUACAAGAAAUUUUAAGAAAAGAAUUCAAAUAUGAUGGUACAAUUAUGUCGGAUUGGUUUGGUGUUUAUUCUACUAAGGAAUCAUUAGAAGCAGGUUUGAAUUUGGAAAUGCCUGGCCCAACUAGGUUUAGACAAGCUGUUCAAGUUAUUCAUGCAGUUCAAUCAAAUGAAGUUUCUGAGGAAGUCAUUGAUGAAAAUGUACGUUAUGUUUUGCAAUUGGUUAGUGAAAGUUUAAAAGCUGAGAUACCAAAUGAUGUUGUGGAGUCACCCAAUGACGAUCCAGCGGCAAGUGAACUAUUAAGAAAGCUUGGAAAUGAAUCAAUUGUUUUACUAAAGAAUGAGAGCGGUAUAUUACCUUUAUCCAAGACUAGUGUUAAGGGACAAAAGAAUAUAGCUGUUAUUGGUCCAAAUGUAAAAGUAGCUCAAGAUUCUGGAGGUGGAUCAGCAUCGAUGACUACUAGGUACAAGAUUACACCAUGGGAAGGUAUUCAGGCUAAACUCAAAGAAGGAAAUGAUACAGUUGGUCUUGAAUAUGCUUUGGGUGCUUUCUUAGACAGUACCUUACCUGAUGUUGGGGAAGUAUUACUUAAUGAAGAAGAUGAAAAGGGAAUAGUAGCCAGAUUUUAUAAAUAUCCUCCUGAUCAUAAAGGUGAUAGAAUUUUGAUGGAGACUUUAAAUUUAUCUACAUCUAGAGUUUUAUUAUCUGACUAUAGUAGUGAUAAAUUAGAUCCCAAUAAUCCCUUAUAUUACGUUGAUUUUACUGGUACUUUCAUACCUGAUGAAACUGCUGAAUAUAAUUUUGGUACAUCAUGUGUUGGUACCGCUCAAAUAUUUGUUGAUGAUGUUUUAGUGGUUGAUAAUAAGACUAAACAGACUAAAGGAGAUGCUUACUUCUUAGGUAUGGGUACUAGAGAGGAAAGAGGUUCAGCUUACUUGGAAAAAGGAGUUCCAUAUAAAGUUAGAGUUGAAUUUGGUACUGCGCCUACAUAUACAUUAGAAAGUGGUCUUGAAGAUGCCGGAGGUCUCUACUUUGGAAUUCAAAUAAAAUCAACACCUGAAGCAGAAAUUUCAAAAGCGGUUAAGUUAGCUAAAGAAGUUGACAAGGUAAUUCUUAUUGUUGGCCUUUCUAAAGAAUGUGAAUCUGAGGGUUUUGAUAGACCCAAUAUGGAUAUCCCUGGUUAUACCUCUGAUUUAAUUGAAGAAGUUGUUAAGGUUAAUCCUAACGUUAUUGUUGUCAAUCAAUCAGGGUCUCCAGUUUCUAUGCCGUGGGCAAAGAAAGUUCCAGGUUUGAUUCAAGCAUGGUUUGGGGGUAGUGAAUUAGGUAAUUCGCUUGCUGAUGUCUUAUUCGGGGAUUAUAAUCCAUCAGGAAAGUUAUCGAUGACAUUUCCAAAAAGAUUACAAGAUAAUCCUUCUUAUCUUAACUUUGGUUCUACAAAUGGCCAAGUGUGGUAUGGUGAAGACGUAUACGUUGGAUAUAGAUAUUAUGAAAAGGUUGAAGUUGAACCAUUGUUUUCAUUUGGGUAUGGGUUGUCGUAUACGACGUUUGAGCUUCAUGGUUUAGAGAUUAGUAACAAUGGGGAUUCAAUCAAUCUUAAAAUAAAAUUGACCAAUACUGGUGCAAUAUACGGUGCUGAAGUUAUCCAAAUAUAUAUUAAACAAGAAAAUCCAAUCAUUCCUAGACCAAAGAAGGAAUUAAAAGAUUUUGGUAAGAUUAGUUUAGAAGCCGGAGAAUCUGGAUCUAUUGAAUUUUCAAUAAGUAUAAAGGAAGCAACUUCAUACUGGAAUGGGUUGAAGCAUAAAUGGCAAUCUGAUAAAGGGAUUUACAAAGUCUUAGUAGGAACAAGUUCUGAUGACAUUAAACUACAGGGCAAAUUUGUCACCCCAAGAACAUUCAACUGGAUUGGAGUUUGAAGUCAUCAAUGGCACAAUUUUAUCGAGUAGAAAAGAUUUUGUUUAAUAGUUCUUGCCUCCGACUAAAGUCAUCUUCACUUACUCCAGAUUGCUGAAAUAAAAUAUACACCGGUUUUAUCAUUUAUUUAAAUAAAUCAUCGUCAUUUUAUAUAAGUUAUUAAUAUGUGUAACGUUGCAAUCUCAUG